UCAUGUGACCUGCCCGCAGUGUGACGUGACAUCAGCUGACUGCCGUCGACAAGGGAAGAAGACGUAUCCUCCUUCGACCUUCAUUUUGGUGAAUUUCUCCGGGUUUUCCUCCGUAUCUUCUGGCGGAUUUUCGCUCCAACAUGGCCAGUCAGUCGCAGGGCAUCCAGCAGCUGCUGCAGGCGGAGAAGAGAGCGGCCGAGAAGGUGGCCGAAGCCCGCAAACGUAAGAACAGGCGUCUGAAGCAGGCAAAGGAAGAAGCUCAGGCUGAGAUUGAACAGUAUCGACUGCAGAGAGAGAAAGAGUUCAAGACCAAAGAGGCUGCUGCUCUCGGUUCCCAUGGCAACAGUGCAGUGGAGGUGGACCGUGAUACAGCCGAACGAAUGGGUCGUAUCCAGGCUAGUUACCGUGGUAACCGGGAAACGGUGCUGAGCGAGCUGCUGCGACGUGUCUGCGACAUUCAGCCAGAGUUUCAUGCUAACUACCGUGUGGCUGGCUGAGGGGGCGGAGCUAAUACACCAAGGGGCAGGGCAAACGGGAGGCAUGAACGUUAGCAUCAUUAGCUUCAGCCAAACCCUUUAGUUUUGAAUUCUCCCAAAAAUGUUUAUUUCAAGGGUUUGCAGUUCAUUACCUCCUGUUUUCCUGCUCCGAUUGAGAAGAGAACGUUAAUAAAUGUGUUACUGUGUUGAUGUUUACGAGAUAUUUAUAAACGUAUACAUUCAAAUUACUUUUUUGUUAAAUCUUUUCUGAUUUUAACAAAAUAAAAGUCUUUCUUGGCUGUAUCUCUGUGAGGUUUGCAGAGAAAAUCAGCCAAUCAGCUUUCUGUUCACAGUAAAAUAAAACAUGAAAUUCAGUGAAAUCAUGAGCUGAUUGCUUGCACUCUCUACCAAUCAUGAUGAUUGGUUGGAGAAAGUAGAAAGGCUUUUAUUUGUGAAUGUCUUGUGCAUAUUUGCAUUUUUUUGUCCAACAUAUGACCAUGUGAUUUCCUGUUGUCUGUGAAGUGAUGAUGAAAAACAAAACAAAACAAAAAUUAAACUGAUUAUUGAUUGGA